CAGUGUCUGCUAUAAGAAGGAAGUGGUGAAUCGAGCACAGCUAAGUGGAGUCAUGUCUGAGUUGCAGCAGCUGAUGCAGGACUCCAUACCCUCUGCAAGAGGUGCUCUACAAGAGAACUAUAGCAACCUCCUCAAAGUGGCAGAUUAUUGUGACAGCAACUAUGAGCAGGCUCAAGACAAACGAAAAGCCCUCAAGGAAACCAUGACUUUCACAGUUCAGUCAUUAGCCAGUGUGACCUAUCAAAUCAAUAACCUAGCCAGCAACUUCCUCAAAAUAUUUGACUUGCAGACCACUCAUCUCCAACAAGUGGAAGCCAAAGUUUCUUCCAUUGCACAGGUGGUAGAAAUGCAUAAGGAGAAAGUAUCCCGCCGUGAAAUUGGGACGCUGACCAUUUGCAAGACCUUUCCUCUCUGUCAGAAAAUCAUCUACCCAAAGAACCUGGAGCCUUUGCAGCCCUAUUACAGGAAACCACUGGACUUCAGCAGUUUGGAUGACAUUGGCCAUGGGAUCAAGGGUCAAAGCGCACAGCUGGCCAGAACGGGGACCCUGUCCCGGCGAUCAAUCAAAUCCUUGGCUGGGCAGUCAUCUGGAAACCUUGGAAGAAACCACUGGGUCCUGGAAGCAAUACAGCCACCAUUCAUCCCAGAAAGCCAACUCUCAUCAGCUUCAUCUUUGCCAUCCAUGAGCAGUCUCCCAGAAGCUUUGAACAGCACAAGUAUGAAAGUACUUUCUGAAUCAGAUCCACCACCACCACCACCACCACCACCAGAAGCAGAUGAUUUUCUUCUACCUCCUGAAACAGAUUUUUUGCCACCUCCUCCUGUUCAAGCGGAUGAUGUUCCUCCUCUGCCUUAUCCUGAGCCAGAUCUUGGUUUUCCAUCUUGUCUUCUACCACCAUCCCUGGACAUCUCUAAUUGUGGUCAGCGGAAGCCUCCCCUUCUGCCACCUCCACCACCCCCAGAGAAAUUGCCAUGGGCACCAGACACCUAUCUGGAGAAAGUUGUGACUGUCUAUCCUUACGUUCAGCAGAAGGAGGAUGAACUCUCAUUUACAGAAGGGGCUGUUAUUUAUGUGACACGGAAACACUCAAAUGGCUGGUAUGAGGGUGUGACAAGUGAUGCGGAGGGAUUGUUCCCAGGGAACUACGCUGAACCUUUGCACUGAAUGAGGCAGAAUGGAAGAGGAAAGAAGACAGAACUUUAACUCAGCCAAAGCUUUGAGGAGGGUAUGGAGAACCUCUUUGCAUGUCCUGGUUUAAGUUGCUGGGACAUCAAUAUUUCCCUGACUUACUUAAGUUAGGCUAAAGUCAAGCUAGUGAAGGGGAGGUGUCAAGAGUACAAUGGAAGCUUCCCUAAAUCCAUUGCAAUGUAAACAUAGGAUUUAUGGUUCCUCUUGCUCAGCAAUGCUCCACAGAGCCUAAAAGCUUGCCUAGCAGCUAAUUAGGAGCCCCUCAGUGCUAACUUCCAUCCUUACAGAAACAGUGAUUGCCUAGGCUGAUGGGGUCUGCCUUGCCAGAAGCCCAUGUUUGAUAAAUAUCACAAAUGAAUGAAUGAAUCCAGCAACAAACUUUCUACUAUAGAAACAUCCUGCCGCAGGGGGUGGGUGUUGAUGGGUUUCUGUAUUGGGGAUUCUACUUUGUAAGCCACCCGGAGUCACUGUGUGAGAGUUGGGCAGCCAUAUACAUUUUCUAAAUAAAUAAAUA